GGCGGGCGGCGCAGCCCCUCUCCCUAGCCCGGCCCGGCCCGGCCCCCGCCCGUCCCCGCCCCGCGGGCUGCGGGCUGGAGGCAGCCGUGCCGAGCCGAGCCGAGCCGUGCCGAGCCGCCCUCGGGAAAGCAUCUCGCCGCCGUGCUCCGCGCCCCUCCGCGCCCGGCCAUGCUGUGCCGCUGCCCCCCCCCGGCCAGCGGAGCAGCCCCCCGCGCAGCCUGAGCGCCUCCGGGAAGCGGCGCUCCGCGCUCCGGCCAUGGGGAAGGGGCUGGAGGGCACGGCGGCCCGCUGCGGGCUGGGACUGGGAUACCUGCUGCACACCGUGGUGCUCCCCGCGCUGGCCGUCCUGGGGGCCAGCCGGCCCGGCUCCGCCGCGCAAGAUGAUGAUUUUUUUCAUGAACUUCCAGAAACUUUUCCUUCUGAUCCUCCAGAGCCACUACCCCACUUUCUCAUUGAACCUGAAGAGGCUUACAUUGUGAAAAACAAGCCUGUGAAUCUGUACUGCAAAGCGAGCCCAGCCACGCAGAUCUAUUUUAAGUGCAACAGUGAAUGGGUUCAUCAGAAGGACCAUGUGGUGGAUGAGAGAGUAGAUGAAACCUCUGGUCUGAUUGUCCGAGAAGUAAGCAUCGAGAUUUCCCGCCAGCAAGUGGAGGAGCUCUUCGGGCCAGAAGACUAUUGGUGCCAGUGCGUCGCCUGGAGCUCUGCCGGCACCACCAAGAGCAGGAAAGCCUACGUCCGUAUUGCAUAUCUCCGGAAGACUUUUGAGCAGGAGCCCCUGGGGAAAGAAGUGUCCCUGGAGCAAGAGGUCCUGCUCCAGUGCCGUCCCCCUGAAGGCAUCCCAGUAGCUGAGGUGGAGUGGCUGAAGAAUGAAGAAGUGAUUGACCCUGUGGAAGACCGAAAUUUUUACAUCACCAUUGAUCACAACCUGAUCAUCAAGCAAGCCCGGCUUUCUGACACAGCCAACUACACCUGUGUCGCCAAAAACAUCGUGGCCAAAAGGAAAAGCACUACAGCGACUGUGAUCGUAUAUGUGAACGGUGGCUGGUCUACCUGGACGGAGUGGUCAGUGUGCAACAGCCGAUGUGGGAGAGGCUUUCAGAAGCGCACCAGGACAUGCACCAACCCUGCCCCACUCAACGGCGGUGCCUUCUGCGAGGGCCAAAGCGUUCAGAAAAUAGCUUGCACCACCCUGUGUCCAGUGGAUGGCAAGUGGACGUCCUGGAGCAAGUGGUCCACGUGCGGCACGGAGUGCACCCACUGGCGCCGGAGGGAGUGCACGGCCCCGGCGCCAAAGAACGGGGGGAAGGACUGCGAGGGGCUGGUGCUGCAGUCCAAGAACUGCACGGAUGGGCUCUGCAUGCAGGGUUUCAUUUAUCCUAUUUCAACUGAACAGAGAACCCAGAAUGAAUAUGGAUUUUCUUCUGCUCCUGACUCAGAUGAUGUUGCUCUCUACGUCGGGAUCGUCAUCGCCGUGAUCGUGUGCCUGGCUAUUUCUGUGGUUGUGGCCCUCUUCGUCUAUCGCAAGAAUCACCGUGACUUCGAGUCAGACAUUAUCGACUCCUCGGCGCUAAAUGGAGGAUUUCAGCCUGUUAAUAUCAAGGCUGCAAGGCAAGACCUCCUGGCAGUGCCACCAGACCUCACUUCUGCAGCAGCCAUGUACAGGGGUCCUGUUUAUGCUUUGCAUGAUGUCUCUGAUAAAAUUCCGAUGACCAAUUCUCCAAUCCUGGACCCCCUGCCCAACCUGAAGAUUAAGGUCUAUAAUACUUCCGGUGCAGUCACCCCCCAGGAUGACCUCUCUGACUUCUCCUCCAAGCUGUCCCCACAGAUUACCCAGUCCCUGCUGGAGAAUGAGACCCUGAACAUGAAGAAUCAGAGCCUUGCUCGGCAAACAGAUCCAUCGUGUACUGCAUUUGGGACCUUCAACUCCUUAGGGGGCCACCUAAUAAUUCCCAAUUCAGGAGUGAGCUUGCUGAUCCCAGCGGGGGCCGUUCCCCAGGGGAGAGUCUAUGAGAUGUAUGUGACAGUUCACAGGAAGGAGAGCAUGAGGCCUCCUGUAGAAGACAGCCAGACCCUGCUGACGCCGGUGGUGAGCUGUGGGCCCCCAGGAGCACUGCUAACCCGGCCCGUUGUGUUGACCAUGCACCACUGCGCAGAACCCAACACAGAUGACUGGCAGAUCCACCUGAAGCACCAGGCUGCCCAAGGGCCGUGGGAGGAUGUGGUGGUAGUCGGGGAGGAAAACUUCACCACCCCAUGCUACAUCCAGCUGGACCCCGAGGCCUGCCAUAUCCUGACAGAGACCCUCAGCACAUACGCCUUGGUGGGACAGUCCAUCACCAAAGCAGCAGCCAAACGUCUCAAACUGGCCAUCUUUGGACCACUGUCCUGCUCUUCGCUGGAGUACAACAUCCGCGUCUACUGCCUCGAUGACACGCAGGAUGCCCUUAAGGAGGUCCUCCAGCUCGAGCGGCAGAUGGGUGGGCAGCUUUUGGAGGAACCCAAAACUUUGCAUUUUAAGGGAAGUACCCACAACCUCCGCUUGUCCAUUCAUGACAUUGCCCACUCUCUCUGGAAGAGCAAACUGCUGGCUAAAUACCAGGAGAUUUCUUUUUACCACAUCUGGAGCGGGUGCCAGAGGAACCUGCACUGCACCUUCACUCUGGAAAGGUUCAGCCUCAAUACCCUGGAGCUGGUCUGCAAACUCUGCGUGCGGCAAGUCGAAGGAGAAGGGCAGAUCUUCCAGCUGAACUGCUCCGUGUCAGAGGAGCCAACUGGCAUCGAUUACCCCGUCAUGGACUCAGCAGGCACCAUCACCACGAUAGUUGGUCCCAACGCAUUCAGCAUCCCCCUCCCGAUCCGGCAGAAGCUCUGCAGCAGCCUGGAUGCACCCCAGACCAGGGGCCAUGACUGGAGGAUGCUGGCCCACAAGCUGAAACUGGACAGGUACCUAAAUUAUUUUGCUACGAAAUCGAGUCCCACCGGGGUGAUCCUGGAUCUCUGGGAAGCCCAGAAUUUCCCUGACGGCAACCUGAGCAUGCUGGCAGCAGUUCUGGAAGAAAUGGGAAGACAUGAAACCGUGGUUUCUUUGGCAGCAGAAGGAAAUUACUGAUACAGCCUUGGCGUGAACAGGAAGGACAGACACAGGGAGCGGUAAAGCCCUGUUAUUGCAAACGAAAAUUGAAAUGAAAACCCAGACCAAUGAGUUACACAAGAGACAUUUCAGAGAAGAAAGCAAGCAAACAAACAGAAAAAAAUAUACAGCCCUGACCUUCACAUGUGCUCUCCUUGUACAUUAUCACAGGAUCUAAGAGAAAUCAUGCAAAGUUGUACCUUGAAAAUAUAAAUCAACCUAAUGUUCCUCUUGGCUUGGCUGUACACUGCUUGGUACAGGAUUUUACAGUUUCCUAGGAAACGCUUUUUAUUGCUAUCCAGAUAUAUGGAUAAACUUUCUUAACAAUCCCAGUUUCUAUGGAUGUUGUUUACAUCAAAUUCUGGACAGGGGUAAGGAGACUGUCCAUGGCUCUUUAUAUUUUUUGUUUAAAGCCAUUCUAGACAAGGCUGUGGACAGUUGGUUGUGGCUAUUUCAGAUUAUUGGUUUCUGGUGAAUUCAGAUUUUGGCUACAAUUCCACGCAUCGAUUGUCUCACAAUGAUCCUCCUGUCAUUAUUCUGUUUCCUAGACCUACCUGUAAAAAAAAAAAAAAAAAGAAAAAAAAAGAAAAAAAAAUCUGUGUUUAUAGGUGUGCAUCUGGAAAGCAGGUACUCUGGGUGCUAAGCAGGAACACAUGUACUGUUCCCAUCCUUCCCCGAGGGAGCCCCACCGAGCUUUUGUGGAAAAAGGCUGUAGGGCAGUGGGGACUGUAGGAUAGGAGUCAAUUUUUCUCAAUUCAAAGUGUAACCAGACCCUUUCUACCCCUUUGUGAUAUGGUGGGGCCAGAUAUGCAAUUCCAAGUAGUUGGGGGGGGGGGGGGGCGGGGGAGAAACCCAGAAAAAAAAAAAAAAAAAGAGCAUUUGCUAUCAUAAUUAUUUACUAAUUAGUAUCUAGUGCAAGGAUUAUAAUGAUUAUUAUUAUUAUCAUUAUUACUUUAUUUGUAGUUCUGUCAGCAGCAGGAUGAGUUGUUCCCAUUUUUAUUGAGCCUGUUUUCCCCUUCCUGAAGGUCUUCUAAGAUGCUAGAAGACCUCUGUAUGCCGGCUGUCCUUCCUUUCUCCAGCCAUCCUCCAAAGUCCUCUGCCGGCCCACAAGGGUUGCUCACCCCGUGUUGUCCUUGCUGUGCUCAAUGCCUGCCGCAAAGGUGGUGCAAAUUGUUGAUGCUUCACUGAAGUCACUGAGCUGUGCCUGCAGAGGCUCUAGCCCUGCACCCCUCUCUGCAGCCAGCUAGGACAUUUGGCACCACCCCGAUCUGCUGUCCUGGGAGCAGUCCUGACCCUAAGUGGCUGUGAUGUCUUGCUUGGCCCUAUCCAUCCUCCCAGUCCAAAUACACAGAGCCCACAGGUACAGACAAAGGCAUACAAUGUAUGGAGGUGCUGAUGCUGACCACCCGAUUUUUGUGCUCAGUGUGGCCUCUGUAUGUCUUCUGUAUUAUCCCACCAGGAGCGUUUGUCCCUCUGCCACGUCCCUCCUGGCCACCGCAAACAGGUGAUACGGGAGCUUGGCAAAAGGAGCUACCUAUUGUUUCUAUCAGUUGUCACUGCAAACAUAUUUCAUUUUCUGCUCCGUGAAAAGACUGACUACUUAGUACAGCACAGCGCAUCGCAUCGCAGUGCUUUUACUGCCAGCCCUGGUUGUCCUCUGUCCACUUUCUUCCCCAGCCCAUCCACGCCACACGUGUUCCCACUUCAUGUUCUUCCUCAGACCUGAGCUGCUGGUUUUUGUUGUUGGAUUUAUUUAUUUUUGUCAUUUUGUGUGUGUCUGUUUGUUUGCUUUUCCCAAGGCUUUCAAAACUGCGACUUUAAAGGUAACUUUGAAAAUGUCAUUGGUCAAAAUGAAAGGAAAAUUUAAUCUGACCUUUUUCCCAUUUGACAUUUCCAUAGGCUUGGGAUGUUUUGUUUUUAAUUUCUCAGCUCUCUGACACCAGCGGUGCUUUCAUUACACGCUGGGCAGUGUUCACAAAGCACUCUUUUUCUCAGCAGUUACCCAGCAGCUAGCAAACCAGACUUCCAGUCAAAUCCAGGGACCAGAGGACAUAAAUUUUAACUUUCCACAUCAGUUGAAAGUUGCACAUUUUGCCUGUGUAAUCCCCUCCUUCUGUGAACACGGAGAUGCCAAAAAGCAUCCUUUCCACAAACAUCCAUUUUGUUUUUCACCUUGGGCAGCUAAUGCAGCACUCUGCAAUGCUAAUGGAAAUCUUGCUUUCAACUUCAGGAGGCUUCGACUGGGGCUUCCAGCUCUGCCCUUUUCCUGCAGCUUUUUACCCAUCUUGGAGCUAUAAUAUAGCUCCAGGGCUUAGCUUUUCUCCCUCCUGUGCCCUAUUCAGGUGUAACUACUUGUAUGUAGUGCGUGCUUCUUCACCGUUCCUGUGCAUUCUUCCUGUGUGACUCCUCUUCCAAGGCAGGUGCAUGAUCUUAACUUUCAGCUCCUUCCCCUUUUCAUCUCAGUCUGUUAUCUGGCGUCCAGGAUCACUUGUACUCCCUGUGUACACUGUGUUAUUUUGCUAGGUGGGAAACGUGUGCACCCUUCUCCCUGGGGCCUUGCAGAGAAGUGUCCCAUAGCUAUCUGUAUCACUUCAAGACGAUGCUCCUUUUGCCAGCUAUCUGACCUAUCCCACCCCCAAUACACUCUUCAAGGGAAAUUGAUGAUUAAUAUUCUUAAAAUAUUCUGAAUCUGGGGCAUUAUCCUUCUAUUGCUCUAAAAGAGAUUUAUAUGGAGGGAGGAGUAUCCACAGGGAAUGGCAGUGGAGGACAUCACAGGGAGAUGGAGCUGGUCUUCUUCCAUCCUGCCUGCUCAGAAACCUUUCCUUGCCUGCUGAUGUCCCAGGUCAGUUUCUCCCUCCGCUGCUCUGUCAGCCUUUGCAGGGACCACGCAAGCUGCCCCUCGGUCCCUCCGCAGAUCCACAUCUCACCGCAGCAGCUCUGCCAUCGCUGCUCGCAUGAGCUCCCUCCCCAGCUAAAGCUCCCCGCACUCAUUCUUCUUUUUCAAUUUCUUCCGAGGCCAAGCCUCGUGGCAGGGCGCGCAGCUGGGGAGAGGGCUUUGGGACGGGGCUCUGGACCCCCUGGUGUCCCCCCAAGAAAGGAGAGAGGGGAGCAGGACCAGCCAGCCGUGCUGGCGAUGCAUUUUGGUGGUCCCUCUGCCUGAAGUGCGUGGACACACUGCCAUCUCGUGGGGCAGCGCCCGAUCGCGACCACGGCUUCGUUGGCCGGAGAAACAUCGUCCCGGCAAGAAGGGUUUCCCCUGGGACGGCUCUUCCAAACGGCCCAUCGGUUUGGCAGACAGGACCAGCUCCUGCGAGUUAUUGUAAUGUUUUUCGUGUCAGGUGAGCACGUUUGGUUUAGAAAAUGACUGCAGGCUUCUUAUCCUCCAGUUGUUGCUACUUUUUUAAGUGCUUAUCCUUUUGGUUGUCCACCCUCGGUUGCGUGCUGUAGCAGUUUUGCUGCUCUUCACACCAUCUCUUCGUUACAUGUUGAUUGCUAGUGAUAUAAAUAAUAUAUAUAUAUUAUAUAAAUAUAUAUAAAAUAUCUACUGACUUCAAGGAAAACCUUUGAUUUCUGAGUUAGAAACACUAUUGGAGGCAGUCCUUUUCACCUGAUUUUCUUCAGUUCUUCUUGUGUUGUGUUCUUGUAAAGGUGGCCGUCAGUGUAUAGGGUAAGUUUGGGUUUGUUUUUUGUUUUGUUUUGUUUUGUUAAAAAAAAAAAAACUGACACAGCCAAUCCAUUGUAUCACACCAAACAGUGCAAGAUCUAAGUAUUGUUUUAAUGACUCCUGAAAGUUUUGAGGCAGUGAGGGUCUCUUGUGUCAAGAUUUGCUUCCAUGGGAGACUAAGACUUUUCUGAAUCGCUGACAGAAAUGCAGACACUCAUGAGACAUGUUGGAGUCUGGGAUGCGCACAGAGCAAAACAUGUCUGUUACUUGGGUUUCUUGCUAUUUCUGUUGCUUACAUAUAGAAUAAAUGUAUUUACAUGCUGUAAGCCCGUCAUUGUGGACAGUGUCCUAAUGUCUCGUAUUGCUACCUAAAAUAGUUUCUUUUGGGUUCUCGUUUCUCCUUUUCUUCUUGUUUUUUUUUGGGGGGAGGGGGGAAU